GGAAAGAAAACAGUUGUGUUAAUUUCAUGGACCGCUUCAGCAGCGUGCCAGAACAGGUGACAGAAGGGGAGCUGUCCAAUAUGCAAGUACGGACCCAUCAUUUAGAUGAUUGACUUUGCAGCAAAAAAAGCACACAAUUGUGCAUAUAUGCAUCUUAAAACAGAAAGUAACAAAGGUUUUGGAACAAAGAAACAAAUGGGUCAGGUUCUGAGGUUCUGACUUUUUGGACACUUGCUGAUGUGUUGAGGAAGCAGGACAGGACAGGAGCUUUGACACUGAUGGUGAUGGUGAUGGUGAUGGUGAUGGUGGGGGCAUAACUGGAGAGAAAGAGUCAAAUGGAUGAAAACAAACUCAUUAUAUGGGAAAAGAAAACAGUUGUGUUAAUUUCAUGGACUGCUUCAGCAGCGUGCCAGAACAGGUGACAGAAGGGGAGCUGUCCAAUAUGGACCCCCCCUCAUCACCUCACCCCCUCCAUCCUCGGUGAGAAUGAAAUAAAUAAACAAUGAAUGGUCCACUCUCCUCGCAGCGCCUCAUCCCAUCUCAUGCAUGGCUGCCAGUAAUGGUCUACUGGGUGUCAGCUUUUAUUGGCACGGCACAAAGCAAAGUGCCAAGUGUGCUGCUCGGCGGCUGCAGACUCCUCGGGCCUGCUUGUGGAUAAAAGCGAGCAAAAUGCCCCAGCCUGUCUCAGAGACACAGUGAUGUUGGGCUGGAACGAGGAAGUGCAGUGGAGAGGGGAGGGACUCCGGGCGCAGCUCCAUGGGGCCGCGGCGGCGCUGCGACCUGCUGCACAUGGAGCCGGAGCCGGGGACAGCUGGAAGAACUUCAUUCUGCAAACUCAAGGAAUAGCAGAGUACCUGCACCGCAUGGAGACAGAGGAGGCCCAGGAAUUGGCCCAGAUGCCAGGCAGGGACAGCCCCCCUGCCAACGAAGUGUCCGAGGAGGCAGAGGAGCCCAUGGCGGUCCCUGAGGACCUGUCAGCCAGCUCCACCCACCAGCAGAACAACAGAGGGGACAAAGCCUGUAACAUUAAAGUUGAGGCUCGCAGUGAUGAGGAGAAUGGGCUGGCCUGUGACAUGAAUGGCGUGGAGGAGGAGGAGGAGGAGUGCGCGGAAGACUUGCGCGUGGUCGAUGCCUCGGGGGCCAAGGUGAACGGCUCACAGCCGAGCCUCGAAGCCAAGGCCUUCUCCUCGGCCGGCGGUAUCCGGCUGCCCAACGGGAAGCUCAAGUGCGAUAUCUGUGGGAUAGUUUGCAUUGGCCCCAAUGUGUUGAUGGUGCACAAGCGAAGCCACACUGGAGAGCGCCCGUUCCAGUGCAGCCAGUGCGGCGCCUCUUUCACCCAGAAGGGCAACCUGCUGCGUCACAUCAAGCUCCAUUCAGGGGAGAAACCCUUCAAGUGUCACAUGUGCAGCUACGCCUGUCGCAGGAGGGACGCCCUCACCGGACAUUUACGUACCCACUCGGUUGGAAAACCCCACAAGUGUGCUUACUGUGGACGGAGCUACAAGCAGCGCAGUUCUCUGGAGGAACACAAGGAGCGCUGUCACAACUACCUCCAGUGCAUGGGGCUGCAGAACAGCAUCUACACAGUAAAGGAAGAAAGCAACCAGAAUGAGCAGAGGGAAGACUUAAGCCAGACGGGAUCUGACAGAGCCUUGGUGCUAGACAGACUAGCUAAUAAUGUAGCCAAGCGUAAGAGCACUAUGCCACAGAAGUUUGUUGGUGACAAACGUCUGUCAGACCUCUCCUACGACGGAGGAGCAGGUGAGCUGAUUCAGCCCCACGUCAUCGACCAGGCCAUCAACAGCGCCAUCAGCUACCUGGGCGCCGAGUCGCUCCGGCCUCUGGUCCAGACCUCUCCGGCCUCCUCUUCCGAUGUUGGCCUCAGCUCCCUGUUCCCCCUCCACAAGCAGGCGACAGAGGGCCACGCGGGGAUGAGCCUGUCAGCCAAAGACAGCGCUGCCGAGAACCUGCUGCUCCUCUCCAACUCUAAGUCGGCCUCCAGCGAGAAGGACGGCUCGCCCAGUCACAGCGGCCAGGACUCCACAGACACCGAGAGCAACAACGAGGACCGUCCGGGCGGGGCGACUUCCGGCCUCAUCUACCUGACCAACCACAUCACAUCCGGGGUGAGGAACGGCAUGCUGCCUCUGGUGAAGGAGGAGCAGCAGAGGCAGUACGAGGCCAUUCGGGCCAGCAUCGAGAUGGCCUCCGAGGGCUUCAAGGUGGUGACGGCUGACGGGGAGCAGGUGAGGGCGUACCGGUGCGAACACUGCCGCGUUCUCUUCCUGGACCACGUCAUGUACACCAUUCACAUGGGCUGCCAUGGCUUCAGAGACCCCUUCGAGUGCAACCUCUGCGGUCACCGGAGCCAAGACCGAUACGAGUUCUCCUCGCACAUAACGCGAGGGGAGCAUCGCUACUGAGCGCCAGAGAACACACAGGUGUACAUACGACAAACACACAUGCAGACAUGAAAUAAAUGCGUAGAAAUACAAGAUGUAAAAUACACUGUUGAUGUCUGAAAGUUGUGUUUUUAUACAAAGUAUGCAUGUUUGUUGAACUCAGAUAAAUGUACUAUACAAAACACACAUUUAUUUUCCUUUCGAACACCACGCUCAACAGGAAGAGUAGUUCAUCUGUCUUUUUUAAAUAAUGUUCAGUGAAGACAACACAGCAGAGUUACUGUGCCACAUCCUACGUAGGUUUUUAAAUUAUACAUCUACAGUUGCCACGUGUAUAAAAUGUAUAAAUGUGUCUUUUUUUUAGUAAACCAGGCAGCAACUUUUUUUCUAGAUUUAAAAUAGAAAAAGAUGUCCAUCCUUUCAUUUAGCUAUUUACUGAAGUGUCUGAAAUAUUGUUUUCAGUGCAGGAAAACUCAUUUAAAAAAUGAAAUACAAUCAAUAAAAACAAUCAAAUGUACAUAACCCCACAUUUUACUUGAUUUUAUUGUAUUUGUAUCAACCUACAUAUUAUUUAUAUCACAUCUACACGCCUGUCUGUUUUUGUAUUUAUUACAGUGAUCGAUGUUUGUCUGUAGAGUAGUUAAGAAAAGCUGCAUCUCUUUCUGUCCGACUGUACUAAACGUGUUUGAGGUGAAAACAUGACCGCUGCUGGAAUUUGUUUUUAAUUUUAUCUGAAAGAAAAAUGUUAUCCUGGCCUUUUGUUUCGUAUCUGAUGGAUGAAGAAUUGUUUCACUCACAAAAUGAGCCGUUUGAGGUUUGAAGGAGCUUUAUGCUUGCAAAAAUAUCAAUAAAGGAUAUUUUAUAUAUGCACAAAGA